GACUAGACCGGAGCAGGUUAAGUCCGCUCAGAGUUCAGGCAGAGCUGCAACAUCUCCGCUGCUGUUUGCGCUCAGUCCUGUCUGGACGCACGAGUCUCUCCAAAUAUCUGCGGAAUCUCCUCCCCUCUCAAAGAGACUCCUCCACUGUCCUCCUCCCGAAGUCUCCCACUCUCCGCCGCCGUCUCACCCCGCUGCCUCCGGGCGCGCACCGCCUUUUGCGCACGGUCACCCUCUCCACGUUCCCACUUGCGUCCGCUGCGCGCCGCUUAUCAUUUCACUCCCGCGAACAGUCCCGAGAGCCACCCUCGGGGCUGUUGUACUCUUCUCUGAUUCAGGUUCGGUUAUCAGUUUGAGCCCCGGACCGGAGAACGAUGUGACUCGUGGGGAUUUAGUGUCGUGACACUCUUUGUGGAGCCGGGGUCUGCACCGACAAAUGGGACUCUCUGCAUUUAUGGUUACAUGAAUGUCAGCGCUGCAGGCCAGAUGCCGGUGAUGGAGGAGCUUGUCAGUGAGAGCGACAGCAUGCCAAAGCGGAUGGCCCUGAUCUGCUUCCUGUCUCUGGUCAUGCUGAUGACCAUCCUGGGAAACCUGCUGGUCAUGGUGGCUGUCUGCAAGGACAGACAACUCAGGAAAAUCAAGACCAACUACUUCAUCGUGUCUCUAGCGUUUGCCGACUUGCUGGUGUCGGUGUUGGUGAUGCCGUUUGGUGCCAUCGAGCUGGUCCACCAGCACUGGAUCUACGGUGAGACCUUCUGUCUGGUCCGGACGUCGCUGGACGUUCUGCUGACCACUGCGUCUAUACUGCACCUGUGCUGCAUCGCCCUGGACAGGUACUAUGCGAUCUGCUGCCAGCCUCUUGUCUACCAGAACAAGAUGACGCCCAUGCGAGUGGCUCUAAUGAUCGGUGGCUGCUGGGUCAUUCCCACUUUCAUCUCCUUUCUGCCCAUCAUGCAGGGAUGGAACAGCAUCGGCAUCGACCACCUGAUUGAGGAGCGACGGCACAAUAAUGGCAGCAACUCCACGUCAUGUGUCUUCAUGGUCAACAAGCCAUACGCCCUCACCUGCUCUGUGGUGGCCUUCUACAUCCCCCUGGUCCUCAUGGUGCUGGCCUACCAGAGGAUCUACAUCACGGCUCGAGCCCACGCCCUGCAGAUCAGCAUGCUGCAGCGGGCGGGUGGAGCCGGCAGCAGUGCCCCCGCUACCUCUGGGGUCGGUGCCGGCUCGACGUCGGACUCGGCCGACCACCAACGCAACCACCGCAUGCGAACGGAAACGAAAGCGGCGAAGACUCUGUGCAUCAUCAUGGGGUGUUUCUGCCUCUGCUGGGCGCCGUUCUUUGUCACCAACGUAGUAGACCCUUUUAUAGACUACACGGUGCCCGACAAGCUGUGGGUCGCCUGCCUGUGGCUGGGCUACAUCAACUCCAUGCUGAACCCCAUCCUCUACGCCUUCCUCAACAAGUCCUUCCGCCGUGCCUUCCUCAUCAUCCUGUGCUGUGGGAGGAAGAGGUACCGCAGGUCGUCCAUCCUGGGGUCCGGCGCUCCCUGCACAGCCACGCAGAUCAACGGCUCCACACAUGUACUCAAUGGCUGCUCCUCUGCCUCCAAGCUGCUGCUCUGGUUCUGCAACACCAGACCAGUGCCUGUCUAGCUGCUGUAUGUCUAGGGCGUCUCAAGGCUCUAUCAAGUAUUCUGUCCUUCAGAACGGGAACCACACAGAGCAGGAGAAGAAGUCUCUGCACACCGACACAGAGUCUCACGAGUCCUGCUUGUGACGACAGCGACUCCUCAGUCACAUCUCCAACGCCCUCGGCCCUCGCAGCGCCACCGCAGAGUCGAUGGAAACACGCCACAGCCUUCACACAUCCGGAGCUGAAAUCGAACACAGAUGCAACAAAUCCAGCCAAGCUCCCGAGAAGAGCCCCGGAGGGACCUGAAGGAUCAAGGAGAGGAGCAGGACGUUGCCAGUGGCGCAUCUGGUGUUCAGCCCGGCCAACACUUGACCCGUGGUCUUCUGAGGUGCCAGGCGCUGAAAUACAACCAGCUUUCUGUCUCUGUGAUGCUGGUUCUGUCGUGUUAGUUCUCUUGUCUGCACAGAAACUGAGCCGGCCCAGUUGAACUCAGCCGGAGCCAGAAUGUGACUGCGAUCCCAUCAACUGGCCCGCCGGUCGCUUUCUUGUCUCGCGGUGAACCGGCAGCUUCGGCGGAGUGUGUAGGAGAAUUUCACAGCGGGAGAUGUGAUUAGUGACUGUGCUGGGGAGUUGUGGAAGUGAAUUAUGUUGCCAAAGCUAUUUGAUACACAUACAGUGGACCUUUUUCUGAUCAUUCUGAGAUGCUCCCUGUUGUUUUCCGGUCUUAAAAUCAGAAAGAUUGACUUUAGGUUUUAGAAGGCUGUUUCUUGUAAAGUGAAUCAGUUGGCGAAAAUUAGCUUUUAAAGUGUUAUUAAUGAAAAGAGCCAGUAUCGAACAAUAUUUCUUUUUGCUGAACAUCACAUUAACCAUCACAUGUCUUUGCCUCGACACAAAGCUGAAAAAACCUGUUUGUCUCCCAGGUCAAAGCCUCCCAGCUUUGCUAAAUCCUCCCUAAGCUGAAAACAAAAUGUGGUUGCAAGGCUGCGUUAAAUCCUUGACCUAAACUGUCCAAGUGCAUUAUUACAGAAGCUGCUAGCUCGCCCUCCUGUGCUCAUCGCUCCAUGAGGCUCCGUCUCAGUGAUUGUUUUCUACAGAAACUUCCCCCACAAGAAGUUUGACGAUCGCUAAAGCUGCUCAUGAAUGAUUCAACAGGCAUUGUGAUGAUGUUGGAGCAAAAUGUGUUUGUUUUUUUGUUUGUUUGUUUGUUUGCUCUGUGUGAUUACAUGUGCGGCUGUGUAUGUUUCCAUGGCGAUGCGUGUUUUGUGUGUUUCUGAACGGGACUUUAAAUGUGAUGUUAGUAUGAAUGAAACGGCCUUUUCCCAUCAUCCUGUGCUGUGUUUGAUUUCACCUCAUUAUUGGAACAUUCUUCUGGCAUCACACCCACUGCACAAAAAUAAGAAAUACACAACACCCAAGCAACAACACAUUUUCUGCACAGAAGUGGCUGCAGUGCAUCAUUUGCUCAGUCUAGUCUUUGAACAGUGAAGCCUACGUGGAACCCAAACUCUGACUUAAUAGUUUUUCAGACUGAGGGACAAGAAUUGUACAGUCUGUUCAGUCGAGCUCUGUCAGAUUUUAAAUCUUCUGCUGGUACAUUCUUCAAAUAAGAUAUGAGAGGUGGCCAGCCAGAUACAACACCAUUCCCACUUCAUCUCAACACACCUUUAAUUCCUUGUCUGCCCACCUCGGAUGCUACGAUAAAGAAUGUACCAGAAGUCUUUCUAGCCAGCAAGGCUAGUUUACGUGAGACAUCAAUCAACAAUGAAGCAAUUCUCAAAGUGCUUUACAUAAAACGUAAAAAGUGUGAGUUAUAAAAAAAAAAUGGAAGAAAAGCAAGGAAAGAAUGAUAAAACAGGACAGUACCAUUUGAAUAAAUAUUUGGAUUUAAAGCAACUAAGAGUUGGAGCAGAAGUUUUCUACCAGUUUGUUCCAGAAAUGUGGAUCAUAAAUAAGCAAAAUGCUGCUUCAGCUUUGAGGAGAGAAAGCAAAUGUUUCUGAGUUGAUGUGAGAGAUGCAGGUUUAUUACGUAUGAACAGAUGAGAACUGUAUUCUGGGCCCAAAACUUUCAACGCUUUAUGAACCAACACUAAGAUCUGGACAGAUGUCAUUAACUUUAUUGUUCUCAAUUAGCUGCAGCUGUCCUAGUGACGUUACCGUUCUCGUAAUACGACUACUGAAGACAAACAGAUGAAUUUCUCUGAAUCACACUGAGACUUGAGUCCAUUAAAUCUUGAUAUUAUUAAGGCGAAAAAGCCAGAUUUUAUCAUUAUCUUAUUGCGGCUAAAAUUGAGGUUUAAGUUCAUGAUGACAACAAGAUUUUUUACUUGAUUUUUUUGGUUUUUAAAUGUUUUUUACUGAAGUCGAGCACUGACUCUUAAUUGCUAUUUAUUUAGUUUCAGAAAAGAUUAUUUCAGUUUUAUCUUUAUUUACACUACUGUUCAAAAAUUUGGGGUCACUUAGAAAUGUCCUUAUUUUUAAAAUAAAAGCACUUCUUUUCAAUGAAGAUAACACUAAAUGACUCACAAAUACAGUCCAGACAUUGUUAAUGAGAUACAUGACUAUUCUAGCUGGAAACGGUUGAUUUUUAAUGGAAUAUCUCCAUAGGGGUACAGAGGAACUUUUCCAGCAACCAUCACUCAUGUGUUCUGAUGCUGCGUUGUGUUGUCUAAUCAUUUUGAAAGGCUAAUUAAUAUUAGAAAAGCCUUGUGCAAAUAUUUUAGCACAUAAAUAAAUUUGUGUGUUUUCAGGGGUAACAUAAAGUUGUCUAGGUGACCCCAAAUUUUUGAAUGGUAGUGUGUUUGAACGAAAUUUUUUGGAACAUUCAAACAAUUGUUUGUUUUUUGCACUUAGUGUUUGUAUGAGUCCACUGGGGUUGUAGUUAAGUAGAUCUGUGGGCCAUCCAUAGAAAGAAGUUAAAUAUUUUAAUCUGAGCUCCUAAAGGGGAUCCAGAAUGGAGCUUUGAGGAACUCCAUGUCAUUUUUGUCCGCACUUUGUGGAACUAUCAAUCCGUCCUUGAAGUAGGGUUCAAACCAGUUUGUGCCAGCAGGGUUCCAGUUAGUCUGCUAGCAUGUUGUGGUCAAUCCAGUGAUUCCAAGCCUGAAAUUUUACCGCUGUCUGUGUUUACAUGGAUGUCAUUCAAGACUUUAACAAGAGCAGUCUCAGUGCUGCGGUGUGGUCGAAAUCCUCGCUGGAAGACAUCAGAACGGUUGUUUAACACCAAGAAUGUGUUUUCUCAGUGAUAUUACUUUAAAUGGGAGGUUUGAUAUGAACUUAAAAUGCUUCAUUACUGAGGUGUGUGUCUUAUGCAUUCCAGUUUUCAAGGCCAGUGGUAAAUACCACUGUUGGAAUGUUGAAAUAUGCUGACUUUUUGUAGAAAGUCAACACGUUUGUGGAGAAAUUUGUCAGUGAAGAAUGAAGCAAGCCUUCAAGAAUAAAAGUUUAGUGUCGCCUACUGUUUUUCUGUUCUCAUAACUUCUUUCUUUUGAACUCAAUUCAUUUUCUUCUCAUUCACUUGCAGCCUGUUGCCUGUCUUUCUAAAAAAGAUUAUUUGAAAAGAUUUUAUGCAAAAGGCAUUCAAUGGUCCCAGAAGGCAGCAUCUCACAACAUAAUUAGUCACCGCUUACACUCCACCAAGUAUUAAUUAAUGCCGCUGCUACCUGAAUACAUGAAAAACAUUGUGGGAGAAUGUCUUCAGUUAGACAGCAAAUCAAACUGAAUCACACUUAGAAAAGACUCUUUUAUGAAUCAGGUGUAGAUGUUAGCUGUUUCUUUCUCGACUGCUGCUUUGUGUUUGUUCCCUCAGCAGAAAAUGCUGCACAGAGAAUUCAAACUCUACUGGCUUUUGCAUUGAGAGUAGAGGGAAAGAAUAGGUGAAGUGUCUUUUAAUCCAAGAGUAACUUUGUUGCUGCAUUCUGUAGAAGUGGAGACACAAUGCUGAAGCUUUCUGCACGAGUGUACAAAAGUGCCAACAUAGUUUCAUUGUAGCAAUGCAAUGACAAAAAAUAUCCUUGAAUCCUUGAAUACACUGGUUCCCACUGCACACAAUAGAGAGGACAGUACAUGAAGGACAUCUGUAUCAUGACAAAUGUUUUUUUUUUCUUGCUCUGUCACUAAUUUAGAUUAACUGUGCCUCAAAUUUCUCUCUAUAAAUGUAGGUGUGACUCACAGUGAAAAACCAACAGCUCUGCAAUACUUUGUACCCUUUUCAACCCAUUUACUGUUUGGUUUAGUGUUCAAGAGCAGCUCUAAUAGCAAAUAGAUGAUAGCAAAGUAGCCAGUAAACAAGUUAAAUAUCACCUUAUAAUGUUACUUUUCUCAGCAGUUGGUGGGGACCAAAACAGAAGUAAAACCAAAGUGAAUAUUACUAGACAAUAAAGCCACUCCAAAUCGAAGCUAUUGUUCCUCUGUAUUGCACACUGAAUGUACCGUGUUGCCAUGGGAACCCAGCAUAUAUUCAGCUGGUGAUGCAGAAAUCACAUAAACGUGUUUUUAUGUUUGGUCCGAUUACAUGCCGGUACUGGAGCUGAUAGAACACAAAUUAGAAAAUGGAUUAUUGUGUUGUUUUUUACAAAGAAUCUUCAGUGAGUAAUCGAUUCAUUUUUAUUUAUCCAAGCGAUUUCCUGCAUUAUGGCACAGUGUCAGACCUAUACACUCUUCAGAACAACAUCAUGUUUAAAUAUAUGAAGUUUAAUAGCUUUUUUGUGCAGCUGUAGUUAAUAAUAAGCGGCUGUAUUGACCAAUAAAAUAAAUAUAUUACCACACAUUUAAGUUUCCUACCAGCAUUCCUGAAUUGCGUCAUUUGCAGUAGCAGCGCUUCAUAAAUUUUUAGAUAUCUUGUUCUCCUGUUAACUGAAGCAGCUGCACACAAUCAUUUUGUUUUGUUCAGACGUCACAUGAAAUGAUUAACACCUUCUUAGCAGAGAAAGUUGAUAGCCACCUUUGUCCUACCCGUUAACAAAAAAGCCCAGAUUCGUCAAACUUGCUCCGUAGUACGGCACUCGGUAAUAGACGUCAUGUUUAAAAGCAACAAAAUGUUUUCUCAGUUUUCUGUGAAACAUGAAAAAUAUUUUUGCCUGGUUAGUUAAAAUUUGUAUUCUGAAAGAAAAAAAAUGCUUUAGAAACCCUCCACUUGCUCCAGAAUGUUGUUUUGUUGGGGUUUAUUAACAAAAAAACAACAAAAUGCACUCUUACAAUGUGUUACAUCUCAUAGAGCCACUACAGGAAAAGAAAUGGGACGUGCAGUUGCUAAAAACAAACUGCACAGGAACAAACAACCCUCUCCAAUCAGUUAAUCACACGAAAACACUGUUGAGCACUGAUUCACCGGCACCAGCCAAAAAAGCUUUUGACAAGGGAAGGUAAUUACAAAUCCUCGUAGCGACAAGCCCAUCGACCCAAUUGUGGAAGUCAUGAUUCAGAGGAACUAUCCGAGUUUUGUGUUACUGUUGUACAAAAACACAAACUACAGACAUUAUAGUUGAAUCUGGAGGAAGUAAUGGGGAGAUUUUACUUUGCAGGUUUGAAACAGUGGGUGCUGUAGGAUGGAUACAGCAUAAGUGGACAGUGAGUGUUUUAUUCUCAUAGAUGUUUAGAUUUCAGAGUGUUAUCUCACUUCAGACCUCAUGUGGCCCGACAUCCUGUUGGGUUAAAGUCAGUCAGAAGGUAGAGCUAAAGAUCAUAUGACCUUUAUUCAGUGUUCAUAUCAACCGAGCCCAGACUGUGGUUAGCCGUGGUGUUGUUCUGCAUGAUUCUCUAAACACUUGGCUAUUACAUGUCGAAAUCUUUCCACUUUUACCCAUAAUCCCUUGCAAUUUGGGGCAAUUUCCUGCAGCUGAAUCAUAUGAUGUUCUCACACCGUAAAGGCUGCACCUCAGUGCUUUAGGUGGAGAAGCCCUAGCUGAAAUUCAAUCAUUGUGCCACAACUUGCGGUGUUCUGAGUAACAGGAGACAAGUUAAAAAAAGGCCAUGCAGAUGUCAGUGACACUCCCAGAGGAAGCAGCAUGUCAGCGUGGAGCGAGUUAGAAACACUCUCCUUUAGUACGAGUGGAAAUUCAAUACUGCUUUCUGCCGUUGCCUCCGUUCAGUCACAGCCUGAUUUAUGAAAAACACAUAAAAAGUUACAGCCUCUGCUCCAAUGUUAAUGGUGCAACAAACUGACAAGGAGGUCUUUAGGGAGGCUGAAUUAUGAAGCUCACUUAUAGUGGUUUGAAGAAAAGAUGGUGGUCUGAUGACACGUGAGGACAGGACUGACAGCUGUAGGAGCUUCAGUAGAAAUCAAAAGGACUUCCCUUGUAAGUUCUUGAAGAUGUUUCACCUUCAUCCCCAAGGCUUCUUCAGUUCUGACUGCACCAGUUCCUCCGUUUACGAUGUCCUCAACCUUUAUGUUUUGUGGUUACAUUGCCAUCUUCCAUAAAUUUAUUUAAAAAGUCGAGGAAGUAGUUGGCGAGCGGACAAAUGUGUCGUCACGUGGUGCUACACAAGGAAGACGGCUUUGUUUACAUUUACCUGUUGUACGCCACAUUGGAUUGUGCUACAUUCGCUUUCUUUUGUUUGUGUUGUUUUUUUGGAAACUUUUUGCCCUUUAUUAUGGCUCCCAAGCCUAAGUCAAACUCUUGUAAUGGCAGUGCUUCAAAAAAGGGAAAGCCAUCUUCAACAAAGUGAAAUUAAAUGUAAUAAAACAGUACUUAUGUAUGUGAGUUUCGACUUACGUCAAAAAUCGCAUUACGUCGUGCCAUAGGAAUGGAAUUCCAACAUAAGUCGAGAACCCCCUGUAAUGGGCAGCUACAGAAUUUAUAGUUACUCCAGCUCAAACGACUAAUGGUCCAUUAAUGACCAGGACUCACAUGUCUUCAGGUGUGAAUUGUUGUGAAACCAGGUGGUCCACCAACAAGGAUAGCAAUCAUGGUGAUGUGGAAUGCCAGUUUACACAACAAAGGGUGUGAAUCUGCCAAGAAUGGAAUGACUCAUCACCCCAUUAGUCAGAACUGAAGAAGCCUCUUAAAUAAAGAUGAAACAUCUUCGAGAACCCUACAAGAGAAAUCUGGUUGAUUUGUACUGAAACUCCUACGAUUACCACAACCUGAAUGACUGAGAAUAUACGCAGGCAAAGAGCUGACAGUAAUGCUAAAUUAAUGCAUGAUGGGAAUCUUUUUAGUGGAAGUUUUUCUGACUGUUUCAGUAAAGUCAAGUCUAAUAUUUUUUUCAGCAUCGGACAACAGAGAAAUUGGACAUUUUUCCUUGUGCCACCAAUAUAGCGUUUAUUUUCUGAUUCAGUUUUGUUUGUUUUUCCAGACUGACCUCUACCAAAGUUGAAACACAAGCGCUUUUAUUGAUUUAAGAAAGACUUCAAGCAGCAAUUUCCGACACUGAUCUUAUGUUUCAGUUGGACUGUGACAUGAGUGUGAAGUCAGCAAGAUCAAAGUUAGAAAGACGAUUGAAAAUUCUUGAUUUUUCCUUCUCUAUGAAUGACUCAGAAAUAAUAUCAUAAUAAUAUAGCAACCUUUGCUUUUCAAUUACCAGUUAAGCAAAAUAAGAUUGCACAUCCUUGUGUUCAGCUUUAAGUAGCUUCCAAUCUGCCCUUCAAAUAACCUGACCUCUCACUGCAGACACACAAAGACAGGAACAAAUAAUUCAAUACAAUCUAAAUAAUACACAAUUCUAAAGAAUGGUUUAUCAUUCUUUUCAUGUUUUCAGCAUCUCUAAAGCCACAAUUUUAUUUUCAAGCACACAUCUGCUUCUUGUUUUUCCAUCAGUCAAAAAAGAGGUAGACUUUUGUGACAUCGAGUGUCGUGUCUUUUCUAUUAUUUCUCCAUGUUUUUUCCCUGUGCUCUGCUGUUCCGUCACCACCUACUUGCAGUUUCCAUGACAUCUGUGAGUGUGCAGCUGAAUGUCAGUAAGUGUGUGUCCCUUCUGGUGUCGACAUGUUUGUUCUGUGUGUGAAGCUUCACGACCGUCGAAAAAACAGGAACUCCACUUGGCCACGCCUUGUGAAAUUUAAUGAGCCAAUCUCUUCGGAAAACCAUAUUUGGAAGUGUACCAAGCACACCACGAGAUGCAAAAAGCUGAGAGCAUGUGAGAGGUUCGAGGGGUCAUGUAGCUAUUUCAGGUAAAAUGAGACGGAGGAGAAGUGAGAAGAAAGCCCAAAAUGGAAAUACUUUCAAGUCAGAAAUCUGUUUUGUUCUCCACUACUUCAAAGAAACAGAGCAUCCAUGCACCUGUGAAGAAAUUGGGAUUAAGUUUAAUGCAAUCUAAGGCCAGUCUUCAAACUCCUCGGUUCCUUAGCGGUAUUAGUUUGAUGUUCCCAUGUGGAGGUGAGCUGUGGUCAGCUGAAAGAGUUGCUAAAGUCUUUGCUAGACAGAUGAAGAUCAAAGCAAUAAGUCUCCUCUGAUGUGCGGUUGGAUUCCUAAAAUCAUCUUGGGCAUCAAAAUCCUCCUCCGCUGCAGAAAGAUGCUCUAUCCCUUCAACGCAGUUAAAAAGAACAUCAGGCUUUGUUGUCCGUCCCUCGGAGACUCUCUGACUGAUGUUCAGCUUUUGUAAAAGAACAGAGGCCAGAUUUUACGCCCACAGGAACCUAAAAAGAUGAGAAAGUCAUACAACCCCAGGGUUUACUGGGUUUUUAGUAGGAAGAAUGACUGAAACCACAUACACAUCACAGGUUAAUUAAGCCAUUAAUUAAUAAACGCCCACCUUACCUGAAAGUAGCCCGUCUCCGGAGGCCGAUGAAAGUCAUUUUGGGCUGUGUGGAAACAGCGGUGCCUGGAGAGCACCCCAAACUCAUCACAUACUGCUGAUUUGUCUAGACCCUUUGGCUGCUCAUUUACACACUCUAUAACCUGUGGCAUCAGUUUUGAAUGUGCAGGGUAAUGUGAGAGACCUAUAAAAAUCUGUGACUAUCUUAAAUAGAUGACACAAGUUCACAGCCAGGUGUGCUCUGCUGGCGUCAUCAGCUUUGCGCCUUUUCAGGUAAUGAGCCGUUUGCCUCAUAAUAUGUGGUCAGUACACGACUUUCCACGGCAGGAACCUUGUGGAGGCAUGAGAUAGUGCAAACUUUAGUACUUUGUCUUUUCAACCUUUAGGUUUCCAUUGUGGUGCACAGUUUCAGUGGUGAUGUUAACUCCUAGGGCACCAAAACAACAACAGCUGCUAGUUACUGGACAUAACUCCACCUCUACAACCACACAGAGGAUAGAACAGUGACAAGUUUGAGUAGAAGAUGGUUGAGAAGGAAUGUUGUCAUUGCAGUUUACCUUCUGAAGUCCCCAUCUUGGUGUUUGUACUUUAUUCUAGUUAAAAAAAAAACAGCUCUGAAAGAGAUUUCAUAGGAGGUGAAUAAAUGCACAUGAUGUUAUGGGUCCACAGAGGUGUUUUUUCAGCCAAGUCAAUGCGCCACUUCCAAAAAUCGCCCACUUUGAGGACUAGUGGGCCACUAGUGGGUCACAUGAAAGGACCUUUACCUUCAGUCCUGCAGAGGAAUUUAACCAACAUGGCAGCUCUCCUCAUUUUAUUUCAACAACAUCUAGUUUGCACAGUGGUUAUCACUUUUGCCUUGCAGUUAUAAGAUCCCCGGUUUGCAUCCCAACCCUCCUGGGAUCUUUCUGCAUGGAGUUUGCAUGUUCUACCUGUGCAUUCGUGGGUUUUCUUCAGGUUCUCCAGCUUCCUCCCACAGUCCAAAAACAUGCUGGUGAUUCUAAAUUGUCCAUAGGUGUGAAAGUGAGUGUGAUUGUUUGUCUCUCUAUGUAGCCCUGUGAUAGACUGAUGAUCUGUCCAGGGUGUCCUUUGCCUUCAUCAUAAGUCAGCUGAGAUAGACUCCAGCCCCUCGUGACCCUAAUGAGGAAUAAACGGUGUAUAGAUGAUAGAUGGAGGUAAUCGGAUGGCCAGUUUUGAUGUUUUUUGAAAUUUUCGCGAGGCGUUGAACUUACACUUCCGGUGCUUCGUUUGCACAAAAGUGAGGUCCAGGCUACUUUAUGCCACAUUACCAGAAUACAACACAGGGUGUUUCACACAGGCAGUGAAUGGAAAGCAAAAAACUGAUGAAUCCUGUGGGCAUCGGCCAUAAAGCAGAUCAGAGGUUCCUGCUGUGGAAAACAGCUUACUGUUGUGAAAUGGUAUAAUUCAACCUAGAACAUUAUCCUAAACUUAACCAAAAAGCAAACGAAAAUGGAUCUGCAGUCCCAACAUAAAAGAAGUUCUCAACCACAAAACACCUUGUGUAGAUCUGGGUUACCAGCAGUUCAGAUCCUGACCCACAGAUUAAAGGCUGAGACAUAAUGAAGCACUUUCUGAACUAUUCUUUUUCCCUUGGAAAGAAACCUGAAAUUUGGGCAGCUCUUUUCUCUCCUGGCAUUGGUUUCUCCUGUGAGGUUGAUGUCUAUUGAAGGGGCUGAUUUGCAGCAGAUAGAUUGAAAAUUUUAGUUUGCAGAUGUUCUUGGUUUCACACAUUCCCACUGCAUGAAUGUAAAACAUUCAAGACGAGGCAAACAUGGUGUUUCAGUCAGAAUUACACAGACGAUUUGUAAAAUAACAUAUUUCAAAAUUUAAUCUGGUAGUUCUCCAUUUAUGCGUGCAAACCAGUUUUAUGGAAGCAAAGAUUCCCAUGUUGCUGCUUCCAGAUUACUGAGUGCACUUUUAAGACCAGGGCAUUUCAACAAAUGUUUCUCCAUCAUGCCUACACUCAACCAACCCAACCAAUGAAGGCAACAAGCUCUGCGUUGUUACAGACAGAGAAGCCAAGUCAGACUUUCUAUCCAAAAAACUGACUGAAAAAUGUAUAUUAGAAAGGAUUUAGAAGUUAUUGUAGACAGUGCUGUCUAAAAAAUGAGUAUACCUUUACCACAUGUAGGAAAUUUGCCUGAAUCUAAAAAAAAAAAAUCUACUAAAUGUAUAAAGGAGGUCAUUAAUAGUGUCAUAUCUGGAUAUCAUCUCAAUUUUAGCUGUCAUGCAGAAAACCAGACAGAGGAAAGACUUCACUGCUUUGAUCUUCAACUACUAAAAAAAUUAUUAGAAAUUUUAUUGAAACAUUCAUUCAUUGCGAGCAAGGAUGUAAAAAAGAUCAGUUGCAACAAAACGAACAUUUCUGGGAGCAGCAUAGAUUGCAACAAAUCCACAAUUUCAUCAGAACCGCUUUACAGCACUUGCAAGAACACCAUUUUCAAAAUGUAAAAAAAAAAAAUAUGAUGGAUGUUUUAUUGGAGUGUUGAGGUGACUUUGGGAAGUCUGUGAGAUAAAACCUCUGGAUGCAAAACACAGAAAGAAUACAGAAAGCAGCACUGCCACUAAUACAAAGUACACACAGCAUUUAAAUCCUCUACCAGCCUCCCGCCUGCAUUCAGGUUCAGCCCUGCAGAAGAGAACUCUCUGCAUGAAGCCGACACGACGAUGGAGGACAGAGGAUGUUUAAGGCAUUUAAUUCCAUUGAAAGUCACUUCUUUUCCUCUUCACCUUAAGCAGAAUCUGUAGCCUUUAAAAGCCUUUAGCCUCCUAAAUAUCCCAUGAUAUCUAUGUUGAAUUCAUUUGCAAAAUAGCAUUUGUUUUUGCUUUGUUUUUAUGUUGUUUUUUUUAUGGUGCAGUUUUAAUGGUUCCGUAUUCUCAGAAGCUCCUGUCAGAGUUUAAUCCAAGAUCAUCCCCAGCUGUCUGGUUGUGUUCAUUUUUUUGUACAUGCAAUUGUGGCUAUUAUUUUUCAAAUGCUGGAUUACAUACACUAUUGUUCAAAAGUUUGGGGUCACAGGAAAGCCGUUUUUUUUUUUUUUUUUCAAUGAAGGUAACAUUAAAUUAAUCAUAAAUCCAGUUUAGACAUUGUUAAUGUGGUAAUUGACUAUUCCAGCUGUAAACGGCUGAUUUCUAAUGGAAUAUCUCCAUAGGGGUACAGAGGAACAUUUCCAGCAACCAUCACUCCUGUGUUCUAAUGCAACAUUGUGUUAGCUAAUGGUGUUGAAAGACAAAUUGAUGGUUAGAAAACCCUUGUGCAAUUAUGUUAGCAUGUGCAUAACAGUGUGAGUUUUCAGGGAAAAGAUGAAAUUGCCCAGGUGACCUCAAAGUUUUGAACAGUAGUGUACUUUAUAUAACUUCACAGGUAACAUUUGGUACUGAUGUUCUCAGCACAGCCUCUUUGCCUUCUUUUAUUUUUGCUAAAUGAAAAUGCCCCUAAAUAUUCUUAACAUCUUACCUGCCUUCUUAAGUGUCAAUUACAGAAAUUCUCAGAUGCUGCUGCUGUUGAAAUGUAACUUCGUUACAGUUAAUUUUUUUGCAGAAAUAUGAAAGUUAAAUUCAAAAUUUUCAUCUGAAUUUCAAUGGAAAGUUUGAUAACUUUUGGAGAAACCAUUACUCGGAUUAACAGAAGUAUUAUUAAAGAAAGAAUGAUAGCAAACAAAUGUGUUGCAUGAAGCAGGAUUUCAACAACAGCUGAAUUUUAUUUCAUCAUUCCAUCACUCCUGCUCCCUUCCAUGUCAACUCUUUUUAAUUUAUUCAUUUAUGUUUGCAGCUUACAGCAUGAAUGUGUAUAUACAUAAAAGAAAAUAACUCCCACAAACUGUCCAAAGGAGACAAAAAAAAACUUUUAUAAAUCUCUUCGGUAUUUAUUUUGACAGAACAAAAUGGGUAUUUUCAUGUAUUAAAAGAACAUAAAAGGCUUCUCUUUCAGGGAGCUGAAAUGUGUAUGACUUUUUUCUGUUGCUAUGUGACAGUUCUGAUAAAAGGCUAAUUAAAGAUUAAAGAGAUGUUGAUAA